GUAGUUCUAUGAGCACCCAGUCGUGCCUAGGCAACGGCGUGAACGCGCAUGUCAGCCUGGCUCGCCGCAGAGCCUCAGCUGCCUCUGUUGCCUCGGCUUCGACGAUUAAUCGCGAGGAUGGCGUUGACAGCGAGAGGCGACGGAUGGGCGCUUUAACUCUCGUAAAUGGAUGACACAGUCAUAUGAAAUUACAUUCUUAAAGCUGGAAAAUACCCCCUCCCCGCCCCCUCCACCCUACAACCACUACGUCUGUGGAGCAAGACGACGUUGCGAGGCCGUGGACAACUCGAACGUUUACUGAUGGAAUCUCCAGUUGCUGGUAGAUGGAGAAACCGACAUAGUGGACUCGUGAAUAAUUAAGAACGGCAUCUGCUGCUGCUCAAAAAAAGAAGAAAGAAAGAAAAAUAGAAAGCAACAUGCAUCUGCAUCAGGUGCUGACGGGAGCGGUGAACCCGGGGGAUUGCUGCUACUCGGUGGGGAGCGUGAAUGACGUCCCGUUCACGGCCUAUGGCUCAGGUUGUGAUGUAGUGAUCUUGGCGAGUGACUUCGAGUGUGUGCAGAUAAUCCCAGGAGCUCAGAAUGGGAACAUUCAGGUGGGCUGUGUGGAGUGCUCCCAUCAGCUUGGCAGGAUUGCUGCCUCCUACGGAAACACAGUCUGCAUCUUUGAACCUCUAUCUACCAACCCAAACAAACGCCACAAGCAGCUUAACUAUCAGUGGCAAAAGACAGGGCAGUUCUUCCUUGAUGCCAUCACCUACAACCUGGCGUGGGACCCACAGGGGAACCGUAUCCUAGCAGCAACCGAGCGUCUUCAGCUGUGGGCUCCACCGCUGGCGGACACCUUAAUCGAGGAGGAGGAUGGCCAGGCGUCUGAGGACAAGCUCCAUCCUGUUCUAAAUGACUGGAACUGUGUCUGGCAGUGCAAGACUGCUGCAUCUGUGCAUGGUGCCAAGUGGUCCCCUGAUGGAGAGUACUUCGCAACAGUUGGGAAGGAUGACUGUUUACUCAAAGUGUGGUAUCCCACCACCGGCUGGCGUUCUGCAGUGGUGGUCCAGGACCCUUCAGAUAAGAAACCUCCUGCUGUUCACUUCUCUUUUGUUUACCUGGCCCAUCCUCGCUCGGUCACCGGUAUGUCCUGGAGGAAGACGAGCAAGUACAUGCCAAAGGGUUCGGUGUGCAAUGUUUUGCUGACAUCUUGUGAGGAUGGCGUGUGUAGACUGUGGUCUGAGACCCUGCUUCCAGAAGACAGCUUGCUAGGGGGCCAAAUAACUGAGAACACACACUCGUUUAGCUCCAGCUUGCCAGGCUUGGCAGGCAAUAAGGACAAGAUUCAGCAUGCCUUGGAGUCUAUUCACCACCUGAAGCAUCUGCGUCGGGGAAGGCGACGAUCAUCUGCUUUGGUAGCUCACAGUGAGCUGCUCCCCUCUCAGCUUGGCACGCAGGAUGCGCACACUCACCGCCACAUUGCUCAUCAUGCCAACGCGUUGUGUCACUUCCACAUUUCAGCCAGUAUUAAUCCCAACACAGAUAUCCCCUUAAUGCUGGCAGACUCUACACUCUUCAACACAGAUGAUGGCACCGGGGCAGGAGGAUUUGUGGUUCAUUGGCUCAAUAAUAAAGAUCUAAGUUUCACCUGCUCAAUGGAUCUUUUUAUGCUACAGCUCCGUAAGUUCUCUGAACAACAGUUAGAGCAUGCCACAGAAGACCCCCUGGACCCUGAAGGAUCCCCUUUGAAGUUUGACUUUGACCUGGAUGAAAUGUCUGACAAAGCCUCAUCUGAACUUGGAGAGGAGGGCGAGCCAGGGGAGCAGGGAAGCACAAAGGCAUCCUCACCAGGAUCCAGCUCCAGCUUACCUUUGCCCUCAAUGCUACUAGAGAGGAGGAUGGAGAUUCUAACCACAGAGUGGAAUAAGAGUCCUGACAUGCUGUUCACCAUCCACCCAACUGACGGCUCGUUCCUUGUUUGGCAUGUCAAGUACUUGGAUGAAUUUAACCAAGGCAUCUUCAGGCAAGUUCAGGUGUCCUUUUCCUCCCGUAUCCCAGUGGCAUUUCCUACAGGUGACGCCAACUCUCUGAGUAAAAACAUCCUGAUGUAUGCCUGUACUUUGACCGAGAGGGAGAGUUUCAGGGCAGGCGAGCAGGGAAGGACGGGUCAACAUGUUGCUCACUCUGCCUCAGCCUCGGCUGGCCUUGGUUUUCCUGCCUUAGCCUCCUCUUCUCCUAAUCUGGGCACCAGUCCUGCCGUCAUGAUGGUCUCCAAGCAUGUUGACGGAUCUCUUAACCAGUGGGCUGUGACAUUCGCAGAACGCUCUGCCUUCUCCAACGUAUUGACCGUGUCCCACAAAUUUCGCUAUUGUGGCCACCGUUUCCAUCUGAAUGACCAAGCCUGUCACACAGUGCUGCCACUGCUGCUCACGUCCUCGCACCAUAAUGCACUGCUUACACCUCCCUCGGCUCCUGGCAGCAUGGAUGGGGAACAACCUCCCACCUUUCCCCUUCCAAAGGGACUCCCUAGAAAGCAGCUUCGCAAUGCAGCAACAAGGACCUUCCACGACCCCAAUGCCAUCUACAGCGAACUCAUCUUGUGGAGAGUGGAUCACAUUGGACCCCUCUCAUGUACCGGAGGGGUCUCUGAACUGGCUCGGAUCAACUCUCUGCACACCUCUGCUUUCAGCAAUGUUGCUUGGUUACCGUCACUAGUUCCCAGCUCUGUACUUGGAACGUACUGCAAUAGUGCCAGUGCCUGCUUUGUGGCAUCAGAUGGUAAGAACCUGCGUCUGUAUCAAGCUGUGGUCGAUGCCAGAAAGCUACUUGAUGAAUUGUCGGAUCCAGAAACAUCUAAAUUAGUUGGUGAAGUGUUCAACAUUGUCAGUCAGCAGUCCACUGCCCGACCUGGCUGUAUCAUAGAGCUAGAUGUCAUUACAAACCAGUGUGGAGCCAACACCCAGCUGCUGCAUGUCUUCCAAGAGGACUUCAUUCUAGGUUAUAAGCCUCAAAAGGAACCAGAUACACACCCAACUGCUUUUCCAUCUGGUGAAGAUUACCACCCUCCUCCGUUUUCGGAGAAAUUUUUCCUGGUGGUGAUAGAAAAGGAUCUCAACAGGAACUCAGUGCUACAAAUGUGGCACCUGCACCUUCAGUCUGUCCAGGCGUGUGUUGAUGAUCUGAACCAAGAUUCUAGCUUCCAGAGCCAACUAAUGGUUCCCAAUCAAGUUGUGAACCCUGACUCAUCUCCGGAGACCUCCCCUAUCAGACCUCUUCCUCGCUCAGCCUCCACGAUCAACUUGCAGUCAGCCAGCAAACUCAUCCUUAGUUCCAAACUGGUGUAUAGCAAGCGACUAGACCUGCCCCAUGGAGUCGAGGUUACCAGAGCCACACCGUCUGCUGGCCAUCUCAGUUCCUCCUCCAUCUACCCUGUAUGCUUGGCUCCUUAUCUGAUUGUGACUACCUGCUCAGACUCUCGGGUGCGAUUCUGGCGUUGUGCCGUAGAGGGUGAGCAUGGAGAUAGUGACUAUGACCAGGACAAGCGGAUGUACCGCUGGGAGCCGUGGGCUCUAAUGAACGAGGAGGAAGACAACAACAGCGCUGUGUUUGUGUCGGGACGGCCUGUUGCCGUGUCAUGCUCCUACAUUGGUAGGCUGGCUGUGGCUUUUAAACAACCACGUCAAGGACAGAUUUCUGGAAAAGAGUUCUCAAUGCACGUGUCUAUCUAUGAAUGUGAAUCAACUGGUGGUUCAGAGUGGGUUUUGGAGCAAACUCUCCACUUAGAGGAAUUUAACAGACCCUCAUCAACAUUGGACCCAAGAGUCAGUGUGGACUCCAACCUCUUUGUUUACAGCAGAUCGGACCUGUACAUGACCAGAGACCACAACUCACCCAAUAUCAAGCAUUACGUCCACCUGGAUUGGUUGUCAAAAGAAGAUGGCUCUCACAUCCUUACAGUGGGGGUCGGAUCCAACAUUCUCAUGUAUGGUCGCAUCUCUGGCAUGGUUAAUGAGCAGACAAGCAGCAAAGAGGGUGUGGCUGUCAUCACCCUUCCUCUGGGGGGCAGUAUCAAACAAGGGAUCCGCUCUCGCUGGAUUCUACUCAGGGCCGUGGACCUUCUGUCCUCUGUGGAUGGCACUCCUUGUCUACCAGUUUCACUCUCUUGGGUGAGGGAUGGCAUCUUGGUGGUGGGCAUGGAUUGUGAGAUGCACGUAUAUGCCCAGUGGCACCAGGACAAGAAGCCUGGUGAGGGAGAGGAGGGCAACCUGUCGUCUGCCGAUAUUGCUGGAGGUCAAACCACAGCUUCCUCUUCAGUCUUUGAAGGGAGAGCCAGGUCCAAGAGUGUGUUUGAAGGGAGCGCCGCCGUGGAUGAGGCCCUACGUGCCCCGGCGGGACUUCAAGAGGGUGGACUUUUUGAGGCAGCUCACUCUUUGUCCCCGACUCUACCCCAGUAUCAUCCCACCCAGCUCCUUGAGCUCAUGGAUUUGGGAAAGGUUCGCCGUGCCAAGGCCAUUCUUGCUCAUUUGGUGAAGUGUAUUGCUGGGGAGGUUGCUGUAGUAAGAGAUGUCGAGGCAGGUGAGGGUGGAGCCAGGAGACACUUGUCUCGAACCAUCAGUGUGACUGGCAGCACAGCGAAAGACACCAUCGUGGCCGGUCGUGACGGAGGGCGGGACUAUACCGAAAUCAACUCCAUCCCCCCGCUGCCUCUCUAUGCGCUCAUGUUAGCUGACGAAGAUACUUCCUUCAAGGGACCAGAAGACACUGUCAAAGGACCCAAAGUGGUCAAUGGUGAGGCAGGGCACAUGUCUGCCGAGGACCAAUAUGCUGACCUAUUCCAGGUGCCGACAGUCACCACGGAUGACUUUGUCAAUUUUGCCACUGACAAACCAGAGAAGAAGUCUCGCGUUAUCAACCUCUCUCAAUACGGUCCUGCCUACUUUGGACCAGAGCAUGCACAGGUGUUGUCCAGUCACUUAAUGCACUCCAGCCUCCCUGGACUAACCCGACUUGAGCAAAUGUUCUUGGUGGCCCUGGCUGACACGGUAGCAACCACUAGUGCUGAGGUCACAAACUCCACUGAUCAACAAUACACAGGAGGCGAGGCUCUGGAUGAGUGUGGACUGAGGUACCUGCUGGCCAUGCGUCUUCAUACUUGUCUGCUCACCUCUCUGCCCCCACUUUACCGCAUGCAGCUUCUUCACCAGGGUCUGUCAACCUGCCAUUUUGCCUGGGCCUUUCACUCCGAGGCAGAGGAGGAGCUGCUGAAUAUGAUUCCGGCCAUGCAGAGAGGUGACCCCCAGUGGUCUGAGCUCCGAGCUGUUGGUGCUGGUUGGUGGAUACGCAACAUUAACACCUUGCGGAAAAUGGUGGAGAAGUUGGGGAAAGCUGCAUUCCAGAGGCACAAUGACCCUUUAGAUGCUGCUCUCUUCUACCUGGCCAUGAAGAAAAAGGCUGUCCUGUGGGGACUCUUCAGGUCCCAACAUGAUGAGAAGAUGACUCGGUUCUUCAAGAAUAAUUUCAGUGAAGACCGCUGGCGAAAGGCGGCUCUAAAAAAUGCUUUCUCCUUGCUUGGAAAGCAACGCUUUGAACAGUCGGCCGCCUUCUUCUUGCUGGCUGGAUCACUCAAAGACGCGAUAGAGGUUUUGAUGGAAAAGAUGGAGGACCUCCAGUUAGCCAUGAUAGUCGCUCGACUCUAUGAAGCGGACUUUGAGAAUUCAUCCACCUGCCAAGGCCUCCUUUAUGAGAAGGUUCUCGGUUGUAACAGGGAUGGAAGUCACUACCACUGUUCUAGACUUCACCCUGACCCGUUCCUGCGCAGCAUAGCAUACUGGAUAAUGAAGGAUUACACCCAAGCCCUGGACACACUCUUAGAGCGCAUCCCCAAAGAUGAUGAUGAUAACCCCGAUGUGAUGGUCAAGUCCUGCAACCCUGUGGUGUUCAGUUUCUACAAUUAUCUAAGAACGCACCCACUCAUCAUCCGGCGGCACUUUGCGAGCUCAGAGGGCACAGCAGCCACAGUGGGUUUCACUGCAGAAAAGAGUAGUGCUGAUGAGAUCAACCUCAUAGAGCGCAAAUUGUUCUUCACCACAGCAAAUGCACAUUUCAAGGUGGGCUGCCCAGUUCUGGCCCUGGAAGUUCUCUCCAAAAUUCCCAAAGUUACAAAGAAAUCAAACUCGUCUCCCCUGAGCAAGGCUUCAUCCAAGGGCAACUCAAGCCAGCAACUGGAAAAGAGCACAGUGAUAGAAUGGGCUUCACCUGCUCCCCCUGCAUGGGGAGGAAAUGAAAGUGCAGGUGGGAUGGACUGGAGCCAGCCCAUUGGCAAGUUGGAGGACGAUGAGCUGAAGCUCGACUGGGGGGAUGACAAGGAAGAUGAUGAACUCGAUGACGAUGAGAAUUGUCUGACUAUGAAAAAACUUGCCACCGCGAUGAAAGCAGAGGGAACUUUUGAAUCUAAGCUGCAGAGAGAUGACUCACAGGGCGAGUCUGAAGUGGAUGUGAUUGCAGAGCAGCUGAAGUUCCGUGCCUGUCUAAAAAUCCUAAUGACAGAACUGCGCACACUAGCCACGGGUUUCGAGGUGGAUGGAGGCAAACUUCGUUUUCAGCUCUACAGUUGGCUGGAGAAGGAGAUAGCGGCAAUGCAUAACAUCUGCAACUACAAGGUAGAAGGCAAGGAGCCUGAGGCAGAGCACUGGGCAGAGCACUGGGCAGAACGAGCAGCAUCAGUAGAUAUAUCAGAUGACCUGUUGGAGAGAACAGACGCUGGUGCCUAUGAGCGUCACCAAAUGGAGCGGCGGCGCCUUCAAGCUAAGCAGCAGCAUUCGGAGCGGCGCAAGGCUUGGCUGAGGAAGAACCAGGCCCUGCUCAGGGUUUUCCUCUCUUACUGCAGCCUGCAUGGAGCCAAGGGAGGAGGAGUCACCUCUGUACGCAUGGAGCUCCUUUUCCUUUUGCAGGAGAGCCAACAGGAGAUCACAGUGAAGCAGCUGCAGUCUCCCCUUCCUCUCCCAACCACCUUGCCUCUGCUCUCAGCCUGCAUUGCCCCCACCAAAACGGUCAUCGCCAAUCCUGUGCUUCAUCUCAGCAACCACAUUCAUGAUAUCCUGCACACAAUCACCCUCAUGGAGGCUCCGCCGCAUCCAGAUAUCAUCGAUGAUCGGGUAAAUGCCCUUCACACACUGGCAGCGUCUCUGUCUGCUUGCAUCUAUCAGGCGUUGUGUGACAGCCAUAGUUACAGUAGCCAGACUGAGGCCAAUCAGUUUACUGGAAUGGUGUACCAGGGCUUGUUGCUCAGUGAGAGGAAACGACUCCGCACAGAAAGCAUCGAGGAACAUAUCACUCCAAACUCGGCUCCAGCUCAAUGGCCAGGUGUGUCGUCCCUGAUUUCUCUGUUGACGUCUGCCAGGGAGGAGGACCAGCCGAGACUCAACGUGCUGCUGUGUGAGGCAGUCAUGGCUGUUUAUCUAGCCUUGCUCAUCCAUGGCUUGGGCACUCACAACAGCAAUGAACUCUUCCGCCUUGCCGCACAUCCUCUCAACAACCGCAUGUGGGCCGCAGUCUUUGGUGGAGGGGCCAAAGUCAUAAUAAAACCAAAGAGGCCCGAGGCCCCACCAGUACCAGCUGAUUUUGAGGCAGCCAGGCCAGAGGAGUCUCAGGAGUCACGGACACUUGAGCAGAGCAGCCUCACCCAAAACCCCAAACCCAUUCCCUAUGAAACACAGUGGCCCAAACAGUACCCUCCUCUCGUUUCAAGGGGAGGUGGGCCAGCCACAGUGGCACCAGCAGCUAAAACCAGCUCCCAAGCUGAUCCCCCACAAACUAAUUCUGAAGUUAUGGCUAAACCAGAUGUUGUCUCUUUGUCUUGUCUAUCAGUGGUGCCCCCUCAGCCCCAAGCUGAGGAUGGGGACCGAUACAGGCGCAGAUUUAAUAUGAGGAUGCUGGUACCUGGUCGCCCUGUCAAGGAGACGCCAGCCGCCCCACCACCGCUCCCCACAGAGAGACCCACUUACAGGGAGAAAUUUAUUCCCCCAGAGCUGAGCAUGUGGGACUAUUUUGUAGCCAAACCUUUUCUGCCAUCGUCAGAGAGCAAUGCUUUGUGUGACUCGGAUGAAAGUGGAGCAGAGGAUGAUGAAGAUGAUGAUGACGCUUUCCUUUCCGACACACAGAUGACUGAGCACUCUGACCCAAACUCCUACAGCUGGGCUCUGAUCCGCUUGGUCAUGGUGAAACUCUUUCAUCACUGCAUUAAGAACUUUCUCCCUAUUACUGGGCUUGAAUUUGCAGACUUGCCAGUCACUUCACCUUUCACAAAUGCUGUGUUGAAGACUCUCGAGAACUGGGAACAUAUUUUAUUGGAGACCAUGAACAAAUUUGAUGGUCCGCCCCCCAACUACAUUAACACUUACCCUACUGACCUCAGUGCUGGAGGCGGGCCUGCCAUCCUGCGUCACAAGGCCAUGCUGGAGGCAGACAACACUCCUUUCAAGACAAAAAAUCAUCAGUCCUUUCCAGCUCGACGCCUGUGGCAUUUCUUGGUCAAACAGGAAGUUCUUCAGGAGACCUUAAUCCGUUACAUCUUUACCAAGAAAAGGAAGCAGAGCGAGUCUGUAGACAACCAUAUGGACCAUGUAAGGCCAAACUGCAUAGCUGGAGCUAGCAGUCUCAACAAGGUAGAGGCAGAUCUGGGCUAUCCAGGAGGCAAAGCAAAAAUCAUUCACAAGGAGUCUGACAUAAUUAUGGCAUUUGCACUCAACAAGGCAAACUCAAAUGAAAUAGUGCUGGCCUCCACCCAUGAUGUCCAGGAAGUGGAUGUGUCAACACUGGUUGCUGUUCAACCCUACACUUGGAUCGGAGAGGAAUUUGAUAAGGAGUCACGCAGCUCUGACGACAUCGACUACAAAUCAUCUCACACCAACAUUGCCCAGGCCAGCUCUGGUCCCUUUACGCCACCGCAGAUCCCUGUCUCGGCAUCCAUGCCGUGGCUGGGCAGUGGGCAGACCAGCAUGGGAGCCAGCGUGAUCAUGAAGCGGAAUCUUAAUAAUGUCAAGAGAAUGACGUCCCACCCCAUAUAUCAGUAUUACAUGACGGGAGCCCAGGAUGGCAGUGUGAGAAUGUUUGAAUGGAACAGACCUCAGCAGCUCAUCUGCUUCAGACAAGCAGGCAACGCUCGUGUCACUCGACUCUAUUUCAACUCCCAGGGCAAUAAGUGCGGAGUCGCUGACGGAGAGGGAUUUCUCAGUCUCUGGCAAGUCAACCAGACGUCCUCCAACCCCAAGCCUUACCUGAGUUGGCAGUGCCACACAAAGACCUGUGGCGAUUUUGCCUUCAUCACAUCUUCGAGCCUCAUCGCCACUGCCGGACAGUCCAAUGAUAACAGAAAUGUUUGCCUGUGGGACACUCUGAUUUCACCCAGCAAUACCAUGGUCCACGCAUUCCCAUGCCAUGAGAACGGGGCCACUGUGCUGCAGUACGCUCCUAAACAGCAGCUGCUGAUCACUGGAGGCAGAAAGGGCUUCGUGUGUGUGUUUGACAUUCGCCAGAGACAGCUGCUCCACACUUUCCAAGCCCACGACUCCGCCAUCAAGGCGCUGGCCCUGGACGCCUUUGAGGACUUCUUUGUCACCGGCUCCGCAGAGGGCAAUAUGAAGGUGUGGAAGCUCGCUGGCCACGGGCUCAUGCACUCCUUUGGCAGCGAGCACGCCAAACAGUCCAUCUUCCGCAACAUCGGCGCCGGCGUCAUGCAGGUGGAAGCGCGUCCCGGGAAUCGCAUCUUCACCUGUGGGGCGGACGGCACCCUGAAGAUGAGGGUCCUCCCAGACCGCUACAACAUCCCCAGCAGCUUGGUCGAUGUCCUGUAAUUUUCUUCCACUUUUGAAGGUGCGAAGAGGAACUCUUAGGGGGAAAGGGGAAAAAAAACGCUUACACAACACUCACGAGGCAUUAAUAGAUGAGCUGGUCAAAAGCUUGCCGUGUCUUUUCAAGUGUUCAGAAGUCCACCUCUGAUUGAUAAACGGAGCUGCAAAUGUGUGUUUUCCCUAAAGGCUACAAGCAGAAGUUUCAAGCAUAAGGUAACAUCCUUGAUUUUAAAGCUAGAUUUCUUGUUCUUUUAUUGAAGACUCUCUACUCUUAGAGCGUGUCCAUAGGGAAGCUAUGCAUGUCCUGUUCUCGUUCCGCGGUGCAAUCACAGGUCUAUUGACAGUGCUCUGUAAAAGUACUCUGGCAAAACUUUUAAAACGUGUGUAACUGUCGUCAUUUUGUGCCCAUAGCUGAACUCUCUUAGCAUCCACUGUAAACCGGCACUGUGGUUUGUUCUUCAGUCAGUGGUAUCCAAAGUGUGAUUCAACUCGUUGGACUUUUUUUCUUUCCCCCCGCCACCCGCUCCUCCCUCCUUUAUGCCUAGCUUUUCUCAGCCCUUAUGGAAGAGUUGAUGCUGCAUUGCUCCUGUAGUGAAUCCCCCCCCCCCACACACACACACACACUUUCACGGACACUGACUUGUCUCGGUCUGGCCUUGUGUGUGUUUGUGUGUGUGUGUGUGUGUGUGUGUGUGAGCGCGCGCGUGCGUGAGCAUGUGUGUGUGUGUUGACUGUGCUGUGUGUGCCCGCCCACCUGCCUACAAAUGCCUGUUUGUGUGGCAGCUUCACUGCUUGAACAUUCCUGUUGGAGAAAAUUAUGUUGUAUUCUUGUGACUGUGAUUUCAAUGUUUUCAUCCAUCUGACACCCCCACGCUUCAUCAUUCACCCAAAGCGGAAACAAAAGUUCACUUCUGAUAUUUUUUGCCCAAGAAGAUAAAUUAUGUUUUGGUGUUUUUGUUUUUGAUAAUUGAAUUUUAUUAUUUAUUGAUGUGUUUGUUUGAAUGACAAUUCCUGUGUUGAAAACUGUAACUAAAUGCCUUUUAUUUUAGGAAUGUAAGGGGUUUUACUGUAUCUGACUUGACUGGGACACGUGCAACAUAAGUCUAUUAGUCUGUAAGUGUGAAAUACCUUGCUAGUUGUUUUUUCUGUUCGACCAGAAAAAAUUGAUACUUGCACUCACAUUCUGGAGACACUAAAAUGAUUUAUUUCAAAUAGAUUACGGAAGAAGAAACUAACUGUUAAAUACAAAUGAAUGUCUGGCUUUAUUUGGCCUAGUAGUCAAAUGUUUGAAAUAGUUUUAAUAUAUAAAUUAUAGAAGUAUACAAUCUCUCUCUCUCUCUCUCUCUCUCUCUCUCUCUCUCUCUCUCUCUCUCUCUCUCUCUCUCUCUCUCUCUCUCUCUCUCCUAUAUCUAUAUAUAUAUAUAUAUAUAUAUAUAUAUAUAUAUAUAUAUAUAUAUAUAUAUAUAAAACAUCUAACAUGAAAGCAUUUCUUUAUUUUUUUGGUUUGUAUCAUAUCGGCUGAAUUAGUUGUAGCUUUUGUUAGGUGUAUGGAAGUUAUUUAUGAAACAAAUUUUAUGUUUCUGUCCCUAUAUUUUAGCCCACAAUAUGUAUUGUAUAUGUUCUACCAGUGACCCUACUGGUGUGUGUGUGCACGUGUGCAUCAGUGUGUAUUAGUGUGUGUGCAUGCACGGCAACACAAACAAGUAUCACGGGCAGGUGCUUGAAAGGUACUGAUGCCAGAAAGAAAGAACAGGUCAUGAUGUGAGAUUUACCUUUGUAAAGUGAAUAAAUUAUUUUUAUUUCA